GCCAAAUGCCAUAUGGUACCCACCGUCACGGUCUCAAGAGAUUUGUCUGGCAGAUCCGCGGCGCCAGCGAUGGCCAAGCCGAGCGCUCGCACCCUGCUGGCGGCGUGGCGCCGCGGCGUGCUCCGCAACACGUCGCCGGAGGAGCGCCGGACCAUCCAGAAGGCUCAAGGCUGCUGCCGAGGCGCCCGCGGGGAGAAGGCGCGGCGAAGGAGCCCCCAGGGCUGUUGCCACCUCGAUCGUCGGAGUCAACUUGGUUCCUGCGAGGCUGCGUGCCCCGCGUGGGCGCGGCCCUGCCGCGGACGCCUUGCCCUGGGAGCCCGCAGCCGACGACGCCGAGGCCGGGCGGGCUGGGAGCCCGCAGCCGACGACGCCGAGGCGAGCGGCCAGCCCCCAACAGCGCCGCGUCCGGAUCAAGCCUCGGUGAGGCCGCACCAGAUGACAUUCCAGACCCGAUCCGGGCACCUUAGGCGCGUUCUCGCGUGGCUGUAGCAGGUGAAGACCAGGGCGCCUUGCUAUGAAACACGCGCCCCCGCGCAGCGCGCGUG